AAGCUAACGUUUGUUAGCUAAUGUUAGCCGGCACAGCUGUGCGUUGAAUAAACAACACUGAUUGGGCAACGUUAAUUAAGCCAAUUUAUGCUUUUCACACAAAGGAGGAAGCUGAUGCCUGUCUAGGUGCUCUGGUUGCCUAAGGACACACCUGCUCUGCUCGUUCAUCCGCACGUUCCUCUUUCAUAUAUUCUCUAUGCCUCUGCCCGAUUAUGUCCCUCUCUCUUACAGAGUCUGUCUGUAAGACUCCUCUCUCUCCAUCCCUCUCUCCAUCCCUCCUUGAUCUGUCUUUUUCUCCAUCUGCGUGCGCGCCCCUCCUGACCGCCAGGCUGGAUUUCCUACAGAUGAAACACCUGAAGAGGAAGAGGAAGAGCAACUACAGCGUGCGUGAGACACAGACCCUGAUCCGGGAGAUCCACAAGAGACGAGACGUGCUGUUCUCGCGCCAGCAAAACACAGCCAUCAAUGAAUUGAAGAGACGAGCUUGGGAGGAGGUGGCAGGAGGCGUCAACGCUCUCGGAGAGGGCGAGCUACGCACAGCUGCAGAGGUGAAGCGGCGUUACCUGGACUGGCGGUCGUUGAUGAAAAGGAAGCAGCUCCGGGCUGAGCUGUCUCUCUCCACAGGGCUGAAGGCAGAGUAUGAGCCCUCCUCCCCCGAACACGACGCAUCUCUUGGCUCGGGGGACCAGUCGCUUGACCUCUCUGGCUUUCCUAAGGAGUCGCAAUGCGACUGGCAGGACCUGGCAGAUCUCGGGGAGCCCAGUGGACACGCAGUAGCAACUGGUGUUAAGAUGGAGGAGGAGGCCAAUGGGUACAGGCUGGAGGGCGAUAGCGGAGAGGGGGAUGGAGAAGGUGAGGUAGAAGACGACGACGAGGAGGACUGUUUCCCCUCCCUCCUACCUGACAUGGGAGAGCGUGACGGACGCAUUCCUGAAGUCUUCUCUCACAUUGAUGAGUUCGGGAUGCCCAGCGCCUCCAAGGGUGGGACAGCCUCGAUGAAUCGGGACCUCUCGUUGGGAGGCCUCGGCGGAAUGGGCUUUGCUGGGUUAGGACUGGCCAAUCACGAGAGUACGGGGCUUUUAGUUGCCAUGGAGAAGCAACGCGUGGAGCUGGAGAAGCAGCGCCUCGCUGUGGAAACGGAGCGGCUGGCAGUGGAAAGAGAGCGGCUGCUCCUGGAGAAAGAGAGACUGCGGCAGUCCGAGGUGGAAAAGGAGCGGCUGCAACUGGAGAGAGAGCGCCUGCAGUUAGAGAGAGAGAGGCUGAGGGUGCUACUCCUGAACCAAUCCGAACGGGCCCCCCCCCAGCAAGGCCCGCCUUCCUCUUCUACCUCCACACCUACCACCUCUUCCCUGGCCGUGGAUGGAACGACUGACAGAAAGGACGACAAACCCUGGCUGUCUGUGAUAGACCUGGAGGGCGAGAGACUGAGGCUGGAGAAGGAGAGAUUACAGUUAGAGAAAGAGAGGCUGCAGUUCUUUAAGUUUGAGUCUGGACGACUGCAGAUAGAGAGGGAGAGACUGGAGGUGGAGAGGGAGAGAAUGCAGCUUCACAAGGACCAAGGGCACUGAGAGGGAGGGAGGGAGGGAGUGGGGGAGAGAAGGGAUAUCCAUGAGGUACGUGCCUGGAGGGAAAGGACCGGCCAGAUAUGUACUUCUAAGAACAGAGUCAUCUCAGUGGCCCAGUAAGGCUAUCUGCUGGCUGUCUGUGUCAUCUCCCGUGGUCUUUGCUACUGGAAGUGUGUGUUUUAGGACAACCCAAUUGUGGAAGUCCCGGAGAUUAAAAACAUUCAAGUGUUUUGAGUUAGGGUUAUUUGAGGGCUUUAUGGUAGGGUUGUCCCUAGGAUCUCACUUGGCUUCUACCUUCUUCCUUUUCUUAGUACUGUUCAGUCUGAUCCACAGUUGGUUGAAACAAGGUGCACUGGUCGACCAAUCAGACAGUAAAACCAUCAAACUGCCAUUAGAUCAACUGGGGAUCUUCAGUCGUCUCCUAGUUCAUAACAGGAUUUCUUAUCAGUUUUGUUUCCUCUCCGAGGCAAGACCCAGACUGCAGCUGAAACUUAGCAGCUUUGUCCAAUCACAUUAAAGUAUCUCCCUGCCAAUGUUUCUGUUAAGUCUGUGACCUGUCGCAUUAACAGGGGGAUUGAAAGUAGUGGUCCAUUUAACAAUGUUGAUCUUUUGAUCAUCUGUGUCUGUAUAAUGUGUGUUUGUAUAAAGUGUGUGGUUGUGCACAGGAAGAAAUGGUCCCCCCGUUGAAGUUGUGUGUAGCUCAGUUACUGUCAAUAUAUCGUCCAAACAUGGACCUAGUAUAGCUGUAAAUUCAAAGCACAAAAUGCUUUAUCUAUAACUGUGACUGUGUUCCAACCAGUGUCAUAUAAGGCCUUAUUACAGAGAUCUCUUUUCAAUUGUAUUGUCUUUUCUAAUUCUGUUAUUUUGAUAGUGUGUGUGUGUGUGUGUGUGUGUGUGUGUGUGUGUGGUUGUGUAACCUGAAGUGUGUGUGUGUGUGUGUGUCAUAUGCCCGUUGUCCAAGAAAAGAGUAGAACAUCUCUGCUGGUUCAGUCUUAAAAAAAAAAAAAAAGGGCAAUGACUGAAGAUGGUGCUGCCUAUAUGCUUUUUGCAUUUGCCUUUAGGACUCAAUAAAGGAUAGGAAACAAUUGUUAUUUUCA